AUGGCCGCCGGCACAGCAGCCGCCUUAGCAUUCCUGAGCCGGGAGAGCAGAUCCCGGAUGAGGGGUAUCGGGGCUCUGCGCGUUCCGGCCCCAGUCACUAUGGACAGUUUUUUCUUCGGUUGUGAACUCUCCGGUGGCACUCGCUCUUUCACCUUCAAGGUAGAGGAAGAGGAUGAUGCUGAGCACGUGCUGGCCUUGACCAUGCUUUGCCUCACCGAGGGGGCCAAGGAUGAGUGCAAUGUUAUAGAAGUCGUGGCGCGGAAUCACGACCAUCAGGAGAUUGCAGUCCCCGUGGCCAACCUAAGGUUGUCCUGCCAACCCAUGCUCAGCUUAGAUGACUUCCAACUUCAACCACCUGUAACCUUCCGCCUGAGGUCAGGCUCUGGCCCGGUGCGAAUCACUGGGCGGCACCAGAUUGUUACUAUAAGCAAUGACAUUUCGGAAGAAGAGGAGGAGAGUGAGGAAGAGGACAGUGAGGAGGAGGAAGCAGAGUUGUGUCCUGUCCUGCCUGCCAAGAAGCAGAGGGGCAGACCCUAG